AGUUUUAAUAUCAAGUGCCUCGUGAUAGUGUAUAAAUGAAGACAGUUCACACGCCCCCUUUUGAAGUAUAAGAUUAUACUUCAUCAUUUGCUGAAGUUGCAGAGAACUCCAGGAAGUUUCAUCAAUAAUGAAACAACCAGGCGCUCGCCCGAUGCCCUGGGCCCGCUUCAUGCUGGCUCUUCUGAUGGUGGUACUUCUGCAUGAGGUAACUGCCAGAGAUCUGCGGACCGUCUCCGAGCCCAAGAUCCCAGCAGCCUGCGUGUCCCUGCGAGGAACUGGCGGCGACGAGACAAGUGUCCUCCAGAAGGCCCUCACCUCCUGCAGCAAGGGCAAGGCCGUCCAUCUGGCGUCCGGCACCUUCGUCUCGGGCCCGCUGACCAUCCCCUCUGGAGUCGGCCUGUGGAUCGACAGUGGAGCGGUGCUGAAGGCCAGCUCUAACCCGAAAGAAUUCGACACGGGGAAGAACCUCUGUGGCACCUUGAGCAGCUCGAGCAGUGGGUGCCACCCAUUAAUUUACAUGAAGGGUGCCACCGGCAGCGGCAUUUACGGCAAGGGCACCAUUGAUGGCCAGGGCGGGGUAACGAUGACCGGCAAGGGGAUCACCUGGUGGGAGCUGGCGCACGAGGCGCAACUGAAGAACACGAACCAGAACUGUCCCCGUCUGAUAGAAAUUGACAACUGCAAGGAUAUUACUCUUUAUGGAAUAACGCUGAAGAACUCUCCCAACUUCCAUGUCGUCACCAGCCAGACAGAUGGAUUCACAGCUUGGGGAGUGACCAUCAACACACCGUCCAAUGCUCGCAACACUGAUGGCAUCGACCCGGCUGGAUCCAAAAACGUCACCAUCACCCACUGCAGCAUCAGCACCGGGGAUGACAAUGUGGCCAUCAAGGCUGGCAAUGCGGCGACCAGCCACGUCUCUAUAACCAACAACCACUUCGGCUCAGGACAUGGCAUGUCCAUCGGCAGCGAGGUCAACAGUGGGGUCAGCGACGUGACGGUUAGCACAUUGACCUUGCAGGGCACCACGAACGGCCUGCGCAUAAAGAGCGACCGAUCGCGCGGGGGCCUGGUGACUGGCGUCACAUACACCAACGUCUGCAUGAAGAAUGUCGCCAACCCCAUCGUCCUGGACACGCAGUACAGCAAGUCGGCGAGCGGCAACCUGAUACCAGAAUUCCGUGGCAUAAACUUCAACAACAUCAAGGUCCUGACAGCUGGAAAGUAUGUUUUUGAUGGAUUCAGUGAUGCCAAGCCUAUCCAGGUCACUUUGAAUAAUGUACACAUCGCAAAGGGAUCAUCCUGGACGACAAGCCAUGCCAAGAUUUCUGGGAAGUACUCUGAAGAUGCCAGUGGUAGCAGCUGUUAAAAUUAUGGGAAUAUGUACCUAUUAGUAUAAUUCACUUUCUGUCACUUUCUGAAAGUUUCCUACAUAUAUCUGUAAUUUGAAUGUUUAAAAAAAAUUAUGAAUGCAAACUGUCCAUCAAAAUUGUAAUAUACAGCAAUCUAAAUUAAAUAUAUUAUUAUUUAAGUUCAAAACUUACUUGACCAAAAUAUAGCUACUAUAAUAAAUGUGUUAUAGAAA